AUGAAUGGAGACGACGCCUUUGCAAGGAGACCUAGGGUUGAUGCUCAAAUACCAGAGAAGAUACAAAAGCAUCCCUGGAGACAAGUCUGUGACCGUGCACUACAUUUGGUGACUCUCAGUCCAUUCUGGAAGGUGGGAAGAGAGCCAGCCAGCAGCAUUAAAGCCCUACUGUGUGGCAGGGGAGAAGCUAGGGAAGGUCCCCCGUGUUCUGCCUUCAAUGAUGCUGACAAAUACUUCUCUAAGGAAGAGUGGGAAAAGAUGAAAGCCUCGGAGAAAAUCAUCUAUGUGUAUAUGAAGAGAAAGUAUGAGGCCAUGACUAAACUAGGUUUCAAGGCCACCCUCUCACCUUUCAUGCGUAAUAAACGGGCCACAGACUUCCAGGGGAGUGAUUUUGAUAAUGACUGUAACUGCGGGAAUCAGGUUGAACGUCCUCAGAUGACUUUCGGCAGGCUCCAGAGAAUCUUGCCAAAGAUCAUGCCCAAGAAGUCAGCAGAGGAAGGAAAUGAUUCGAAGGGAGUGCCAGAAGCAUCUGGCCCACAGAACGAUGGGAAACAGCUGUGCCCCCCAGGAAAUCCAAGUACCUCUGAGAAGAUUAACAAGACAUCUGGACCCAAAAGGGGGAAACAUGCCUGGACCCACAGACUGCGUGAGAGAAAGCAGCUGGUGAUUUAUGAAGAGAUCAGCGACUCUGAGGAAGAUGACGAGGAACUCCCCUCAGGGAUAUGACACACGCCCAUGAUGAGAAGCAGAACAUGGUGACCUUUCACGAACAUGGGCAUGGAUGCAGACCCCUCGUCAUCAGG